AUGGGUGGACACCACGCUAUCAACUACGAAUCUAUACCGGGCAACACGAACCUUGUGGACCUCGACGGCAGCAUGGCUGCCCGUCACUCGUCAGGGAACAAGAAGAUUGUGCUGAUUCCCACGCCAUCUGACGACCCGGAUGACCCGCUGAACUGGACUCCGCGCCGUAAGUGGAUGUCGGUGUUCUGUAUGGUUGUUUACACUUAUGGUGUUGGUAUUCCCUCUGCUGCUAUCUACUCUGUGCUGACCAACAUCUCUGAAGAGACUGGGAUCUCGCUUGGGAACUUGAACUCGGGUACCGGUUACAUGUUCUUGUUCUUUGGCCUGG